AUGCGUCAUGCUGUGAAUACAUUGUUGAGUAACUCACUCGAAACGGAGAGUGAUAUCCACCAGGGCGAGGAGUGUGUUGUUUUUGACCUCCAAAAUAUCGGAUCCAUCACCGCAUCAGACCUUUUGCUUAACCAUGACAAGAAGAAGAGCGUUCAUACGGGAGCCAACCAUAGCUUUGGGCGGGCAAACUCCUUACAGUCGUUUCAGGGUAAUUGGAUAAACGAUCACAGAGAAGGGAAACAGUUAGAGUUGGCGGAGAUACCUACAACCACGACAGAUUCCUCCCUUUCAAGGUCUGUGAGUACAACAGAAGACGACUGCACACACAAAGAUAGACAACCAUUUCUUAACGCAGCUACUUCAGCUGGAUCUUCAUGUGAAAAGGGUGUGUCUUCUUUAUCAAAUUUACCAUUGUUUGUCCGAAUGAACGAUUCGAUGAUUAAAGCGAGUGAAUCUGACAUGAUUCAAGGAAUCACUUCCAUUGUUGGCGAAAAUGAAGCUUCUUCCGAUGGUGGUCAUGAUGAAGUGUGCGACAUGCGUAAUAUGCCAUUAUCAUUGAUUGUUGAUGAGGUUAGCUCUCAGUCCAUUGACGAGCCCUCGCAAACUACUUCAGGUGAGGACGCGAAAGAAACUAUGGAGCAGCAGGAGGAUAAUGUUGAAGAGAGCCAUGAGGUUCGUUCUCCGAAUCCAACACCGAAAUUUCUGUUUGUUGAGAGUUCGCAUGACCAAAGCGGUGUCGCAGAGGAGCAGAAGAUGAAUACUGAUAACGGGAAUACGUCUUUAAUCAGCCCUUUGAAGAGCCCAUGCAUCAAAAGCGGAAACCCCGCCACGAAAAGGGACGCGAUAGCAGCGCAUGUGAAGAGUAGGAGGGCCCAUUUUGAGUUGCCGGUAAUUCUGCGGUGCGCGGAGGAGAAGGGAAGAACACUUGAGCGGGCUCCCCCCAAAUCUCAGUCCACAUCCUCGGAGCCCGCCCUGAGCCCUUCUCAUCUCGACGCAUCGAGGGGUCAUGCCCGGUUGAUUGAGGGUUCCGAAGUUUCCGUCGCCACAACGCCGCCAGAAUCGGGUCGCUCGAUAACCCAGCUAAAGCCGGAUCGAUCUCGGUGUUUGAAUGCCUUACAUCAGCCCAAGGUGGCUCUCGUGUGGGCUCCCGAUACAGCGGUGGAGACUUUACGGCCGUCGGGCGUCUUCCGCACCCCCCUUCCCCCUCUCUCCGUCGACCGAAGCCGCGGGAAACAUAACCACACCCCUGUUGUAGGGAGCACUUCGUUCCUCGACGAUGCACGGGAUCGUUCUGAGUUCGCGAAGGCUUUAUUUCACGACAAGGCGGCUAGUUCUGCGCGUUCGGGAGAUACCUCGCGCAACGGGGAUGCCUCUCCAGCCUCCAGGGAGUCGAGUGUGCGAUCCAGGGAUCCUCAGAAGGUGGGGGAUCGGGAGUUGCAGGCCGGAGUGGAUUCGGAAUUCCCAUCGACAGAAAAGGCGCCUUGGGCGGGUGCAAGUUCCACGACCGUGGAGAAAUUUACGGACCCCGGUGGGAAUAGCCCCACUACUCGUGGGAAAGCCAUCCACGCGGCCCUGGAAGCGCUCCGAGCGAUUCGCGACUCCCACUGUGGCCAGGGGGUCUGCGAGGCGGGUGACAGCUUAGAUUCUUUUUCACUGCUGGAGAGGAUAGAGGACUUCUUACACCGGCAGGAGGCGGUGAAUUUCGCAGCGGAGAUGGACGAAUCGACCACGAUUUAUUGGGCCGGAUCGCCUCUCGAGGUGGACAAAGCCUCUGAGCGUAGCAUUUUAAAGGCGGAGGUGGUUCCAAACGUGGAUGAAUUUGACGAAUUGACCUACUCCCAGGACGCCUACCCUCAGCUGAGGUUGAAAUUUCACUACGGCAAGCCCACCGUCUUUGGUCGGACCACCCCGUUUUUCAAGGAGGGCGCCUUAUACAAGAUCCUCACGAGCAGCCAGGAGUAUCACUUCUUCAAUGAUACCCUCGACAGCGUGAUGCUGGUUCGUGCGGAGUGCGUGCUCUCCGGCGAGGAGCGUGUGAACGACCAGGCCGUGGUCACGCCGCUGGAGAACCGCAAGGAGGUGGAAAUCGCCAUCUCCGUUCUUCCCGAACAGACGGUGUUUCUCCUCAGCGUUGAGCAGGACGCGCCGCAUUUGGUCGCAAAGGCGGUACCCGCUCCCGACUCCAUCGUUGCCCCCUCCAUGAAGACGUAUUUGGAUGCGGUGAGCGCGCAGAUCAAUCGGGUGCGGGAGCUAUUAGGCCAAUGGAACUGCAUCACCAACCAGGAGGCCUACCUCAAGUGUUGUUUGAAGAAUCAAAUCGGCUUUGUCGAUCUCGAUUUCAAACCGGCGGCGGUGAGCCUGAUUCGCCCGGGGGUGGAUCUUCUCAAGCUGCCGCCGGUGAUCUGGCAGCGGCCGAGCGGCUACGUCGCCCUUUCCGAGCUCGCUGAGGUGCGUCUUUUUCGCGGUGAAAUCGCGCCGGAUUUGGUUCGCCAAGGGGCUCUCCAGGAUCACGCGGUGGUGGCCGCGAUUGCCGCCAUCGCGCAGCGCGCACGGCACGUCGUCUGGAUGUUUCGCCACCCCGCCAGCGCGGAGCGGGGGAAGAAGGAGCGCGCGGUGGGCUGCUACCGCGUGAUGCUGUUGCGCGACGGCUGGUGGGGGAGUCUUCUGCUGGAUGACUACUUCCCGGCCUCCGCUCAGGGGCCGCUCUUCGCGCGCUGCCCGGUCGAUCCACGGCGGAUUUGGGUGGGAAUGCUCGAAAAAGCUUACGCGAAGUCCAUUGGGAGCUACGCCGCGAUUUGCCAGGUGGACGUGAUGGAUGUUCUGUCGGAUUUUACCGGCUUCCCGGCUCGUCCCAUCACGUGGUUAUGGCGAGCGGCGAUGGUGAACCCCAACGGCGGACUCUCCGGGCAGCUCUUUGAGUUCCUCUCGCGAUGCGUUUCCGACGGGCAUUUCGUUCUCCUGCAUACCCCUGGCGCGAACGAGGAGGAGGAGGAGGGGUGGCAGGAAGGGCGGGAAGGGAGGGGAGGCGGCACCACGCCGUUUCUGCCUGCGCACGUCUACUUUCUAACGGGGUGCGCGUUUUACGAGGAGCUCGCGCUGCGCGUCGUGCGGAUCCGGAAUGUUUGGCGGUACGAAACGACGCCCCACCCCACUGAUGGCGGGAUCCCGACGGCAGGAAAGUACACGAACUGGUGCGAGGAGUUUGACCUCCACGAAGCGGAGGCGCCUGCGGACGAAGGGGGGGUUUCUCCCCCUUCUUCCGAGGCGUCCGCGCCGGGCACGAUCUUCUUGGAAUGGGGAGAGGCCCUGCGUACGUUUAGCGGCGGCGGCGUCUGCUACGGUCUCUGGGACUUUUCGCAGUACCGCAUCCGAAAUCAUUUCACCCCUCAGGGUUUUCCAGCCUUCGCGCUUGAGGUGAACACCGCUAUUGCGAUCGACAUUUUUAUGAUGUUGACGAUGGAGGGCGCCGCUCCGGAGGCGGUAAAUGAGGACGGUGGCCUCCGAGCGGGCGAUGCGGAGCCUCACGGCGUGGACGCUCUCGACGGGGUUUCGCUGGUGAUCACCACGCGGAGCGAGGAAGAGGGCACGGAUUCUGUGCUCUGCCGAGCGUGCAGCGAGUUGGGAUGUGUUGUGGACUCCCCGGUGUUUGAAACUUCCUGUAACCUUUGUGUGAAGGCGAAGCUGGAACCCAAAUAUAACCCUUACUACAUAGUUCCUCAAUUAGAUCCUGAAAAAAAUACGGCACUGCGGAGAAGUAGUUCACCAGCUGAACAACUAAGAUUUGUUUUGUCUAUUUUUUCUAGCAGGCCGGUGCAUCCUGGUGUGUUUGAUAUCAAUUUUCAGGAGAUCUUAUCUUCAUGUGAGGUCUUCUCAGCGGACCCACCGUCCAGUUUCCAUGUCAACCCCAGCCGCGUGGUGAAGACGACAUAUCAGUGCCCCAGCGAUCGUGGCGUGGACAUCAUGGAGCGAACAUGUAUUACACCUCAAGGCUAUUAA